AUGUCGGAUAACUCUUCUCAAAGCAUGAGCUACCAGGCUGGUGAAGCCAAGGGCCAAGCUCAGGAAAAGGGUAGCAGCAUGAUGGACAGGGCUGCUAAUGCUGCUCAAUCUGCUAAGGAAUCAAUGCAGGAGACUGGGCAGCAGAUGAUGGAGAAGGCACAGGGAGCUAAAGAGGCUGUGAAAAAUGCAAGUGGCAUGAACAAAUGAAGCUGACCGAAACUGUCUAUCGAUUUUACAUGUUCUCUUUCCUUGUUUAAUUACUGUUUUGUUGGAG